AUGAACGCAGCACAGGCUCCUUCGCAGAACAAGCGGCCGCCCGAGAAGGGUUCGUUUCCAUUGGAUCACUAUGGUGAGUGCAAGCCAGUCAUGAAGAGGUUCCUAUCUUGUAUGCGUGAACACGGGAAUAGCCACAUUGACUGCAAGCCGUUAUCGGCUGAGUACUUGCAGUGUCGGAUGGACAAGGGUCUAAUGCAACAGGAAGAGCUGGAGAAAAUGGGGUUCCAUGAAGAAGGCAUGAAAAAAGCAUGGACGGAGAAAACCAAUGAAGGCAGAAAGGAAGGUGAAGGAUUUGUGGCAGGUCUGGGUGUCAAGAAGUCCCGUUAUACGAAAAAGUAG